AUGUCUACAACUAAUAUCGGUCGAGGUGGCAAUGUAAAAGAGCUUUCAGAAUCACAAGAAAAGGUCUUAAAGCAAGUUUGGACUUAUUUACUCCAAUCCUGGGGUGUUCCUGUUAAUGGUGACAAAGCAUUUGCACCAACUGAAGGUACUGCACCAGCUUCAGCAGAAAACAAGAAGGGCAAGUCAUUGUUGAGUAGAUUGCAAUCUUAUAGUAUUGGCGAUGAUAGUUCCAACGAUGAUACUGAAGAAGCUCAAAAAUAUAAGCCUGAUCUGAUUCAAGAAACCUUGACAGAUGUAAAGCCAAAGGAUACAAUGGAUACAUUCUGGACUAUGUUAAGAGUGGAUUAUCCGGAUAAUCUCUUGUUGAGAUUUAUUAGAGCCAGAAAAUGGAACACGAACGAGGCUGCAACCAUGUUUGCCCAGUCGAUGCGUUGGAGAAUUAAUGAAUUCCCAACUGAUAAGAUUCUGAAUGACGGUGAAAGAAAAGCCUACGAGAAUGACGAUAAGGGAUUUAUCAAAAAUUUGGAGUUACAAACGACAGUGAUCCCUUGUCGAGAUAACGGUGGCAGGCCAGCAGUGUGGGUGAGAGCUCGCUUACACAGUCCUAAAAUACAAUCAGAAGAUGAACUUAAGAGAUCCUCCAUCUUGGUGAUUGAGACAGCACGUUUGUUCCUCACAGAAGCAGCAGAUACAGCCACGAUCUUUUUCGAUUUGGGAGGAUUUUCCCUGUCCAACAUGGACUACACUCCGGUCAAGUUCUUGAUCAAUUGUUUCGAAGCUCAUUACCCAGAAUGCUUGGGUCACCUAUUCAUCCACAAGGCUCCAUGGUUCUUUCAACCAAUCUGGAAUAUCGUCAAGAACUGGCUAGAUCCAGUGGUGGCCUCUAAAGUGAUCUUCACAAAGAAUACUAGUGAUUUGGUUGACUAUUUUGAUGAAGACCAAAUUCCUAGAUACUUGGAUGGUACUAAUGACUACGAUUUCGACCAUUAUGUCAAACCUGACGCUUCCAACGAUGUCAAGAUGCAAGACGAGAAGACUCGUGAUUCGAUUUUGGAAGAAAGACAACAAUUAAUUGAAAAAUUCACUCAAGCAACAGUCAAAUGGAUUGAAGCUGAUUCUAAGGAAGAAUCAAGCAAUUUUUUGGAACAAAAGAUCGAUCUUGGCACUCAGAUCUCGGAAAACUACUGUAAAUUGGACCCUUAUGUGAGAUCAAGAUCUCAAUACGACACCCGAGGAAUCCUCAAGAUUUGA